AGAUGUUUGAGACAAUUAAAAGAAAGCCAAAAAUUGAUUCUUAUGACACCAGUGGUCUUAUCUUGGAAGACAUAGAGGGAUACAUUGAACUCAAGGAUGUUUACUUUAGGUACCCUGCAAGGCCAGAUGUGCAGAUCUUCUCUGGAUUCUCAUUGUGUGUUCCCAGUGGUGCAACUGCUGCUUUGGUGGGUCAAAGUGGAAGUGGGAAGUCUACAGUAAUAAGUUUAUUAGAAAGAUUCUAUGAUCCUGAUGCUGGAGAAGUACUCAUAGAUGGUGUGAAUUUGAAGAGUUUUCAAGUUAGAUGGAUAAGGGAACAAAUUGGGCUGGUUAGUCAAGAACCUAUCCUGUUUGCAGCUAGUAUCAAAGAGAACAUAGCCUAUGGAAAAGAAGGUGCAACGGAUGAGGAAAUAACAUCAGCAAUAACACUUUCUAAUGCCAAAAAUUUCAUUGACAAGCUGCCUCAGGGCCUUGAAACAAUGGCAGGCCAGAAUGGGACUCAACUUUCUGGUGGGCAAAAGCAAAGAAUUGCAAUUGCAAGGGCAAUUUUGAAGAACCCAAGAAUUCUUCUUCUUGAUGAAGCAACAAGUGCAUUGGAUGCUGAGUCUGAACGUGUUGUUCAGGCAGCAUUAGAACAAGUUAUGACAAAAAGGACAACUGUAAUUGUUGCACAUCGCUUGACAACUAUUAGAAAUGCUGACACCAUAGCAGUGGUUCAUCAAGGCAAAAUUGUAGAGGAAG